AUGCGACCCUUCGUGUCGCCGUGGAUCCUGCCAAGUUCCCCCUCCAUCCUCCUCCGAACACGUCCCCCACCAACUCGCCCGGCUGUGAGCCCCUUUCACGCCACCGCACGAAGCCUUUUCCUCAGCCAACGACCGCCGAGCCCGCCACAACGAUGUGAACCCCUCCGCGUCCCACCGCCACCACUACCACACCAACCAACCCCUCCUCACCUCCUCACCCUCCCCUUCAGAAGAGCAGCCCAACAACAGCGCUGCUCCUAUCACCAGAACCACCACGACCCCUACGACCCCCAGCACCGCGCCACGCGCCUCGCAACCGCCAAGCCGCUCGUGCACUGGCGCGGCUGGCGUGCCCUCAACACGCCGUCGACAUACACGGUCGUGGCGGCCGCCAUCUCGGGCGCGCUGAUCUUCUACUUCUCCAACCUCGAGACGGUGCCCGUGUCCGGGCGCACGCGCUUCAACGUCUACUCGCCGGCCAGCGUGCGCAAGGUGGGCGAGAUGGAGUACAAGCGGGUGCUGUGGGAGCUGGAGCAGAAGGGCAUGGGUUUCCUGCCGGAGUGGGAUCCGCGGACGGCGAGGGUCAAGAGGGUCAUGCAGCGGCUGAUUCCCUUUUCUGGGCUGCAGGGGGAGGGGGAGGAGGAAGGAGGGAAUUAUGAGUGGGAGGUUUUCGUGGUGGAUGAUCCGCACACGGCCAACGCGUUUGUGAUUCCCGGCGGGAAGGUGUUUGUGUUCAGUGGGAUCCUGCCGCUGGCGAGGAAUGAUAGCGGGUUGGCGACUGUGCUGGGCCACGAGAUUGCGCAUAACCUGGCGGAUCACCACGGUGAGCGGCUGAGCCAGGAUCUUGGGGCCAGUGUUUUGCUGUAUAGUCUGGUGAUCAUGGGCGGGGUGUUUGGGCUGGGCCCGUUUAUCAUGCACUUCUUUGGGUCGAGGUUCAUGGAUGUCGCGUUCGGCUUCCCCAUGAGCCGGCUGCAGGAGAGCGAGGCCGACUAUAUCGGGCUGAUGAUGAUGGCCGAGGCGUGUUAUGACCCCUCGGAGGCGGCCAGCUUCUGGGCCAGGAUGGAGAGGGCCCAGGGACAGGAGGUGCCCGAGUGGAUGAGCACGCACCCGACGAACGUGAGCAGGAUCAAGAAGAUCCAGGAGUGGCUGCCUAAAGCGAUGGAGAAGCGGGCGCAGAGUGACUGCAGCUCGACGACGGCCUUUGCCGACCUGUUCAGGCAGGCCUUGCGGACGGGCCAGGUGAUUGUCUUGGGAUGA